AUGGAAGAGCUGUCCUUCAGCCCUGACGAAAGCUGCCAGAACUCUGAGGAGGAAGAUCAGCGUCAGAACCGGGAUGCCUCGCUGUCCCGUGAUGUUUCCAGAGAUCUGCAAACAGCCCUUGAGCCGUCGCUGCUACGAGGGGUUGCGGUGUCUGUGGCCCUUGCCGGCUGGGGCAAACACUGGGAGACUCCGGACAGCGGCAUGUUCCGUGUGGACCCGCAGAAUUACGAGCUGAGCCGGCCUGCAGAGACUCUGGAUGUCUUUCUGAGCCACGACUGGGCAUCCAGCCGCACCCUGAAGUUCCUGUCGUUGCUCAUUGUCUACAAUUCCCUUGCGGCCUUCUGGGCGUCGCUAGGCGCCAGCAUCCUUUUCGGCCUCUUACGGGGCCUCAGGGCCAUCCCAGAUGAGCCCUGGAUAAGUCACUUCGUUCACCUCGUCUUCCUUGUGGUCUUCUUCUUUUGGCAGCGGAUGCGAGAGCUCUUCUGCCGACCGCAGAUGGCCUUUCUUGACAAGCUGUGCAUUGCGCAGCACAGCGACGAGAUGAAGCAGCAGGGAAUCCUGGGCCUCCCUGCUUUCGUGCUCAACUCCAAGAAGCUCCUUGUACUUUGGACUCCGCGGUACUUUGGUCGCCUCUGGUGUACAACGGAGAUUGCAUCCUUCCUGAAAGAUCCUGAUGAGCGCCGCAGCAUUGAGUUCAUGCCGCUGAAGGUUGCUGCGAUUCUGGUAAUGGGGGCAGUUUGUUGGCACCUGCUCGCCAUCGGCCAUGGCAUCUUUGCUUUCACUUUGGAGGAUGACAGUGCCGCAGGCAUCACCGUGGUGCUACCGAUAUCAGGCGUCAUGAUCACUCUGGCUACCGCGAUUCUACCGUUCAUCUUCUACGUCGGCCUCUCGCUGGUGCGCGAUCUCGAGGAGCUUCCCGACCAACUGUCCAAGUUUCGGGUGCAGGACGCUGCUUGCUUCUGUUGCACAAACAAGCACAGGCAUCCUGACACAGGCGCCGAGCUGUCUUGCGAUCGCCUUCUGGUCUUCAAGUCCCUUCAGCGCUGGUUCAGCGGGAAAGAGGGGGGCACCGGGAGCACCAACAAGGACUGCUUCUUGGAUGACUUCAACUCGGUGGUCCAGAAUCAGCUGGCGGCCCAGGUUGUGCAAGGCAUGAGCGGUGCUACGCUGCCUUUCAGAUACACGCUCUACAUGGUUGGUUCUUGUGCAGCACCCUACCUCGCCAACAUCGUCCCGCUGUGGAUGACGAGGUUUCGCUCUGGGCUGGCCGGUUAUGCCCUGUUCGCAUGGACCUUGCGACAGCUGAUGGAUGCAGCCAUUACUGGCGUUACUGGCAUUUGCGCGGUCCGUUUGUCUCUUGAGCUCUGGAAGUUCGGCAUGCGCCUACAGAAGACACACAGAGCUUUCCGGUCACGCAUGCUAACGGUGGCUGUCCUUGUGCCCAUUGAGGUGGUGCUGGUAAGCCUUUGCUGGCUGUCCUUUGCUUUCUGCAGGGCUGCCACCAGCGAAACUAGCCUACUGCCAGCUUUACCCUUUCUGGCGGACGUGCUGGCCACCCUCUACCUGUUUUGGCCGUGUCGGAGACUUCUGGCUGGCAUGGAUCUUGCACCCCGCAGGGCAAGGCGCCCAUCCACUGGCAGUGUAGGGUCGGGAUUUGAAAUUUAG